AAUGCAUUGUGGAUUAUGGGACGAGUCACGCAAUCACUUCACUUCACAGACAAAUAGCUUCCACCUCGGCCUCAUCGAGUCGGCGAUAUUUUCUCUAGUCUUCUGUAACUUAAAGUUGAAAAAUCUUUAUCCUUAAAGCUGCUAACAUCAUGAGUGAGACACUGAGAUUGGUUGUUUGUGGAGGAGGGAAUGGUUCCCAGGCUUUGUCCGGCCUGGCGGCCAGCCGGCCUAACACCCACGUCACCCUGUUCACCCUUUUUCAAGACGAGGCUGCCAGGCUGAAGGCAGCCAUGGGUGAAGAGGGUAUUAAGGUGAUCCAGCACCGCGCCCAUAAGGAACCAGAAGUGUUCCAAGGAAAGCCCCAUGUGGUGACAAAGAAUGCUGCAGAAGCAAUCCCUGGCUGUGACAUGAUCGUCUUUGUCCUACCAGCGUUUGCCUUUUCCGAAUACCUGCAUGCCAUGAAAGAACACCUGCAGCCGGGCAUGUCCCUAGUAGCGGCCCCGGGGCAGGCGGGGUUUGAGUUUGAAGCACGCUCUAUCCUAGGCGACAAAUACAAAGAUUGCACUGUGGCGUCCUUCGAAUCCCUUCCCUGGGCAUGCAGAGCUUCUGAGUUUGGCAGACAGGUUGACCUCCUCGGGGAGAAGGAAACCAUCAUUGGUGCUGUUGAAGAAGGUCUCGUGCCAGCAAAGAAGAAGCCAAUUGAGAGUCUACAAUACUGCAUAGGGCCCAAGCCUAAGCUCAUAAUUGGGAGUAAUAGCCUUGUUGCGAUUUCACUGAUGUCUGUCAAUGCCUACAUCCAUCCGCCAAUCUUCUAUGGUAGCUGGAAGAAUUGGGAUCAAAAACCACUCAAGGAGAAGCCACUUUUCUACCAUGGCUUAUCAGAAGAGAGUGCUAAGAUUAUGGACAAAGUGAGUGAUGAGGUUGUUGAGAUCGGCAAAGCCAUCCAGAGGCAAUGCCCUAAUGCCAAUAUGGCAUCUGUCAAAACCCUGUAUGACUAUUACAUGAGGGUUUGGAGUGCUGAGAUUGAAGACCCCACCAACAUAUACACUGUAAUGAAGACAAUGAUCCCAUACAAGACCCUCUACCACCCCAUGAAGGAGGUUGAAGGUGGCUUUGUCCCUGACUUCAGCAACCGUUAUGUGACUGAAGACAUCCCAUUUGGCCUGGUGGUGUUGAGAGGAAUUGGUGAAGUUGCAGGCGUCAAGACCCCUAUGAUGGACGAGUGCUUGGCAUGGUUCGAAAAGGAGACCGGGAAGAAGUAUAUUGUUGAUGGCAAGUGUGAGGGGAAGGACAUUAGUUCAACUAGGGCCCCACAGCGGUAUGGCUUCAAGACAAUUGAUGAUAUGCUAGGCUUUUGAAUUGGAACUCUCUGUUUAGGCAAGAGAUGCUGGCUUGUUGGAAAUUGUAUUUAGCAGUGUAAGUAAGUCAGUUCACAAAGCUAAUGUUGUAUGGUAAUAAAGUGCUGACUUGUCCUGAAA